AGAGAAAAAAAAAACCUUUGACAAAAACAAAUUUCAGUUGUACGACAUGGUGAAACUUGCUUUCAACUCCGCUCUCGGACAGAAGGAUUUAAAAAAGGAGGAGAAGGAUGAAGCUUUGAUCCCUCAGGAUGUGGACUUGGAGGAUGGUCUGCGCAUCAGGCAGCAGUCCAGGGCCUGGUGCUGGUGCAUGUGUUUGGGUCUGGCCCUCAUCCUGUCUGGAGUGGUUGUGGGCGGAGCUUACCUGUACAGGUAUUACUUCAUAGAGGAGGAGAGGAUGUAUUUCUGCGGGGUAAACUACCGUGAGGAAAAUUACAAGAUGCAGGACAGCCAGGAGGAGACUGACAUGGAUAUGCCUGCCGCUUCCAAGAGGAUUGAGGAGAGAGUGAGGGUUCUGGAGGACGAGGGGGUGGAGCUCAUUAACAUCCCAGUGCCCAAGUUCAGCGACAGCGACCCUGCUGACAUCGUUCAUGACUUCAACAGGAGACUGACAGCCUAUCUGGAUCUGCGUCUGAACAAAUGCUACGUCAUUCCUCUCAACACCUCUGUUGUGAUGCCGCCCAAAGACUUCCUGGAGCUUCUUGUUAACAUCAAGGCUGGAACGUACCUGCCUCAGUCCUACCUGGUGCGUGAACAGAUGAUGGUGACCGGAAAGUUGGAGCAUGUGGAUCAGCUGGGUUACUUCAUCUACGGCCUCUGCAGAGGGAGGGACACUUAUAAACUGGAGCGCAGAGAGACUGUUUUUGGUAUCCAGAAGCGAGAGGCUCUCAACUGCCACAAGAUUCUCCACUUUGAGAACAAGUUUGUGGUGGAGACUCUUAUCUGUGAGCCGUAGGGUGUAAAGACAGCCGGGUAACAAGUUAAAACCACUUUUGACAAAUUCCACUGACCCUUCCUCUCCUUCCAUUAAAUAUCUUCCUAUUUCCCCAGUUAGUGUGUGCGUGCGUGCGUGCGUGCGUGUGUGUGUGUGCUGCUCUCAGAUUUGUUUCUCUGUAUAGCAACAAUCAAUAUUGCAGAGAGAGAGAAUGAGACUGAACGCCAAGAGCAAUAUAAUGCGUAGAAACAUUUAUGUGUAGGCAAAUAUCUGGACCAGUUUCUCUCUUAGUAAACAUUUUUCUGUGUCUGAGUUUCUGUUAAGCAGGGAGCUCCAAGGGUGUGUGGGAUGUAACGUAGGAAAAAAAACAAAAAAACUAGUACCACGUUGACCAUGGGAGAGAGAAGGACUUACAGAGGAUAAAUGUACAAUGAGAUCUAUAAAAGAUGCACUAAAUGUUUAGUGUUCGUUUAAAACUGUGAAGCGUCACAGAUACCAGAUUAUAUACUGGAAAUAUAUUUGACUAGAGAUUUGUGAUAUAUGGCCAAUUAUUACAUGUAAGAAGUACACAUAGAAUCGAUUUUUGUACUAGCUUCAAUUUAGUCUAGAUUUUUAUUUUAAAUGACAGGUUUUGCUCUGCUGUAAGUUAAUACACUGCUGAAACAUCCUGUAGUGAAGAAGUAAAAUCUAUAGGAUGCAAAACAUUUUUUAAAUCUUAAAAAAAAAAUAAAAUAUAAAAAAAAAAAAAAAAUCCAAAAGCAUAAAUCAAACGUCAGAGUACAGACUAAUAAAAUGUGUGACUUAUCACUUAGGGGCUGUUGAGGUAUUGGGAGUAGACUGAUGAAUGACUUCUGUAAAGAUUGUUUAAAAUUACUAAAAUGUCUACCAGUUCAACAUGAGUUGGAAUGAUUUAUACUUUGCACAUAACCCAAAAAGGUUUUAAUGUUAAACAUAUUAAUACUAAUAAAAUUUGACCACACA